AGGUAGUUGAAGUUGUGGUCAUUUCAUUGCACAAAGUCUUUGCCAGAGAAAGUCGAUACUGUAUCCUUCUUUUCCCGGAACAAUGUUGCACUCGACAAUUGGCAUCCUUUCUCUCUGCCUGACGAAUUCCGUCCUGGCGGCGUCCGCCUCAUUCGGACUGUACGCCUACGGGGACAAUAUCGGCGGACUUCAAAUGUACUAUGCCGACGGAAACGCCGUCGUGAGCAAGCAGGCACCCACUAGUGCGAACUCAUCUGCGCCCGUUAUCUUUACUCACGACAAAGACGGACUGAUCGGCAAUCCAAAUUCCACUGACAGUGCCAAUAAGCCCGAUUUCUCGAAUGCCUCACUCUUUGUUCCCGGAUCGUCCGCCGAAGACCACCAGGUCGGGUUCACCGACGACCCGGGCACAAACCAGGUCACCAAUAAGUUCGUUUGGUACGGGAAUUUCUUAAUGGUCGAGGAUGACUCCGGCGAGUAUACGUCGCUGUUUACCGUGAAGAAAUCGUCCUCGUCGACGAAUGACGGUGAAUAUUCCCUGCAGUGGAACGUCACCGAUGAUGAAGAGGUGAUUGCCAUUUCGAUGAGGUCCAUUGCGCCGUCGAAUGAGUAGACUGCGAGGAGAUGAGUGUAUAUGGACUGUGAGUCUUUUAUGAAUUUGUUGGGUUGUGGUGUGGCGCAUAGUAUGGAAGUGGUUAUAGUGUUAGGAUGUAAAGGGGUAUGGAGGUCGUGGUGGAAAGGGUUAUUUGUUGAUACAGCAGAAGUUAUUUGAAAAUAUUCAAUCCAGGAGUAAGUUGCUGUGAAACGUUUGUUUGAUGGAAGCGUCCAGGCCUUGAAGUUUUUUUCAAAAGUAGCCGCAACCAUGACCGAGGCGCCUGAGGUAACAUUGUAGCCUCGAGUAGUUCAAUUGAAACGCAUGUUUUAUUCUUUGAACUGAGGGAGACGAAAAUGCUGGUACAAUUUGUAGAGUAAUGAGGUGGGUGAGAACGGAUUGUCAAUGUGUUGCUUUUCGAGACAUUGCCUGGAACGAGGAAAUGGCGAACGGUCUGUGCUCGCAGUGAAUGACCUUCGAAAGAGUGAUCGUGACGAAA